AAUUAUUUUUUUCAAGUAAUCUGUCUUUUAGGGACGUCCGAGAAAGACACACAGUGCAGGCGCUGCAAUAGUAGUACAUACUCAUCCAUUUCCUCGUCAGAGGAGAAAUGCAAGUCAUGUUCUGUAUGUGCAUUUGGUCAAAUCAUCGACCAAACAUGUAAUGGAAUUCAAGACAAUACUUGUAUAUCUAAAGAAAACAUUUUAAUACUGGAGAUUGUUUUACCACUUCUUAUAUGUAUAAUAGUAGCGUUGGCUGUUGGACUGGUUUUACUCUGGCGACAGGGAUAUUUGAAAAACUUGUUAUCUUUAUUGUCAUCGAAAUCCAGAAAUCCAUCAGAGAUUAAAAAAGUUGGUACAAAAUUUGAUAUGGUUUCAGUUGGAUUAUUGACGUCUACCAUCGAUCAAAGUGGAAAGACAAAUGAAUCUACAAAAGAGUUUCCAAAUGCCACCGAAACGGUUUCUGAACUACCUUCUAAUAGAUGUACUGAUUCGGAGCGAGACCAUGAAUUCCUAGAAAGAAAUAAAGAAAAAGAAUGGCUUGCCGUUUUCAAAACAGUUUCCAAUAAUAUAAAUGUACAAAAAUGGAAAUUAGUUAUAAGAACAUUAUUUUCUAAUUAUGAUGACGUCACACGAGCACAAGUAAAGAUUGAUCAGAUCUGCUAUCGAUAUCCAAAUGACGUCGUAGAGCAAGUGUAUCAAUGUCUACUGGAUUGGAAGAAACGUGCAGCCGAUGAAGCUUAUCUUGAUGAUAUCAUCGUUGCACUUAAAAACGAGAGCAUGCUGGGAAUGGCUAACGACCUUCAGAAAAGUUAUUCGUCUUUAUUGAAUAAUACUGACAAUAAAAGAUAAUUUAAUUACAUCAUAACUGUAGAAACUGAACAAACAAUCUUAAGCUAGUUAACUUUGAUUAAGGAUUAAAAAGAUAUCAAGAUCUGCCCAUCAGAACCUAUGUAUCAUGCUAGAUUUAAUCGAUUACGAAUACAAUUAUAAACAGUCCUAAUUCAGACAUGUUUUAUCUUGAGUAGAUAAUUUCAAAACUGAAACUUAAGCAAGAAUAUUCACUUCAACACAAGAUGUAAUUUGAUGCAAUUAGUUUUUCAUAAUGAAUGAACUGUUUUUUGUAUGUUUUGAAGAGCGUUAUUUAUUUAUUCAUUUAUUUACAAGUUUGAUCGUUUAUAUAAAUAUACAUUGUUAAUUUCCAUUGUUUAAUGCAACGUAGGCGUACAUAUAAUAAUAAUCUUGCAGCUGAUUUAAUAGUUUAAGUUAAAUAAAUUAAAGAAAACUA